ACAACAAAGCAUCAUCAUCAAAUAUUAUCAUCACCAGUUUCUCCAUUUAUUAUUCUAUACCAAAAAGCAAGAAAUUUAUCAGAAAAUGAAGACGAAGAUGUUAAUAACCCUCUUUGCACUUAUUUCAGUAGCAGGAACAUCAGAAGCGACUGGUAGACUUGCUGCACAGCAGAACACAAGCAUUAUACCUACAUACUCACUCUGGUGCGUGGAAAAUCCAUAUGCCUACUUUACAAAAGUGAUUUGGAACCUAAAAUGGGCUUGCAAAAAUGGUGCUGAUUGCUCACCAUUGGCAAACGGUGGCCGUUGUCAAGACCUUGACUCUUACAGAAGCCGAGCUUCUUAUGUCUUCAAUGAUUAUUACCAGAAGAAUCCUAUACCGAAAAACUGCGAUUUCAGUGGCGCUGCUGUGCUUACAAUUCACGACCCAAGCACUCCAACGUGUAAGUUUCCAUCUAACAGCACUGGUCCAUACCCACUGACUUCUUCAGUAAAAAGAACUGCAACUCCAAACCUAGGAAGCUUCUUGUGGGGUCUUGUAUUCACAUUCCUGGCUUAUAGUGCUGCUCAGAUAGCUUGACCUGGAAGAAACCUGUGGAAUAGGACAAUCAAGGUGUGGUUUUAAGAGAAGAAAUAUUUUGUAUAUGAACUAUGUAUAAAUAACAAUAUGAUAAAUCA